AUGAACCUAGAAGAGGCCGGUGCCCGACGGAAAUUGGAUUUACGGGAGUUGGAGGAGAUUCGCAAUGAGGCCUAUGAGAAUGCGGUAAUUUAUAAGGAGAAAAAUAAGAUUUUUCAUGACCAACAGAUCUCGAGGAGGACAUUCGAGUGUGGGCAAAAAGUUCUCCUGUACCACUCCAAAUUGAAGUUAUUUCCGGUAGAGAUCCAAAGUUUGAAGACUGAGAAGAAAUUUGUAGUGAAUGGUCAUCGUCUCAAGCCGUAUUAUGAAGGGGUUCCAAUUGAACGGGUGGAGAUGAUGCACUUGGAGGACCCUACUUGCUUAGUUUAA